AUGCGCAGACUCAGUUCCUGGAGAAAGAUGGCGACAGCCGAGAAGCAGAAACACGACGGGCGGGUGAAGAUCGGUCACUACAUCCUGGGGGACACGCUGGGGGUCGGGACCUUCGGCAAAGUGAAGGUUGGCAAACAUGAAUUGACUGGGCAUAAAGUUGCUGUGAAGAUACUGAAUCGGCAGAAGAUUCGAAGCCUUGAUGUAGUAGGAAAAAUCCGCAGAGAAAUUCAGAACCUCAAGCUUUUCAGGCAUCCUCAUAUAAUUAAACUGUACCAGGUCAUCAGUACACCUUCUGAUAUUUUCAUGGUGAUGGAAUAUGUCUCAGGAGGAGAGCUAUUUGAUUAUAUCUGUAAAAAUGGAAGGCUGGAUGAAAAAGAAAGUCGACGACUGUUUCAACAAAUCCUUUCUGGUGUGGAUUACUGUCACAGGCAUAUGGUGGUCCACAGAGAUUUGAAACCUGAAAACGUCCUGCUUGAUGCACAUAUGAAUGCAAAGAUAGCUGAUUUUGGUCUUUCAAACAUGAUGUCAGAUGGUGAAUUUUUAAGAACAAGUUGUGGCUCACCCAACUAUGCUGCACCAGAAGUAAUUUCAGGAAGACUGUAUGCUGGUCCAGAGGUGGAUAUAUGGAGCAGUGGGGUUAUUCUCUAUGCUUUAUUAUGUGGAACCCUUCCAUUUGAUGAUGAUCAUGUGCCAACUCUUUUUAAGAAGAUAUGUGAUGGGAUCUUUUAUACCCCUCAGUAUUUAAAUCCUUCUGUGAUUAGCCUUUUGAAACAUAUGCUGCAGGUGGAUCCCAUGAAGAGAGCCACAAUCAAAGAUAUCAGGGAACAUGAAUGGUUUAAACAGGACCUUCCAAAAUAUCUCUUUCCUGAGGAUCCAUCAUAUAGCUCAACCAUGAUUGAUGAUGAAGCCUUAAAAGAAGUAUGUGAAAAAUUUGAGUGCUCAGAAGAGGAGGUUCUCAGCUGCCUUUAUAACAGAAAUCACCAGGACCCUUUGGCAGUUGCUUACCACCUCAUAAUAGAUAACAGGAGGAUAAUGAAUGAGGCCAAAGAUUUUUACUUGGCAACAAGCCCACCAGAUUCGUUUCUUGAUGAUCACCACUUGACCCGGCCCCAUCCUGAAAGAGUACCAUUCUUGGUUGCUGAAACUCCCAGGGCGCGCCAUACCCUCGACGAAUUAAAUCCACAGAAAUCCAAACACCAAGGUGUAAGGAAAGCAAAAUGGCAUUUGGGAAUCAGAAGUCAAAGUCGGCCAAAUGAUAUCAUGGCAGAAGUUUGUAGAGCAAUUAAACAACUGGAUUAUGAAUGGAAGGUUGUAAACCCGUAUUAUUUGCGUGUUCGGAGGAAGAAUCCUGUGACAAGUACAUACUCCAAAAUGAGUCUGCAGUUAUAUCAAGUGGAUAGUAGAACAUAUUUAUUGGAUUUCCGAAGUAUUGAUGAUGAAAUUACUGAAGCGAAAUCAGGGACUGCUACUCCACAGAGAUCGGGCUCAGUUAGCAACUAUCGAGCUUGCCAAAGGAAUGAUUCAGAUGCUGAGGCUCAAGGAAAAUCCUCAGAAGCUUCUCUUACCUCAUCUGUAACCUCACUUGACUCUUCUCCUGUUGAAUUAACUCCAAGACCUGGAAGUCACACAAUAGAAUUUUUUGAGAUGUGCGCGAAUCUAAUUAAAAUUCUUGCACAGUAA